AUGAGGGUGCAGCGAUUAGAUGGACAGGAGCUAGACGAGGAGGUGGUGCGAGGACUGAGUCGACCUGUGGUUGAAGCGCUGAGGGUGUUAGGGAUGAACAACGCAGAUGAGAUAACGACGUUGAUACGGAGUGUUUACAUGUGGAAAUAUCUGCGAGCGUUCAAGAGCAUAUACGGAAUGGAUCUGCAUUUGCUCAAAUACACUAAUUUAAACACAAUUUCCAGUCUUCUCUAUGUCAUGACUCGUGUUAUAAUCCCAUACGCACACCGAAAGCUGAAGGACAAGGUGGCAGUGGAGGACUGGAGCAGUCUAUCUAGAUACCACGUCAAGCGCCGUCUAGCGUCACUACUGGAAGUUGCAGAGAGGGUGGCCGAUGCAGCAGGGCUUGCGAAUUGGCUUGUCUUUGUUGCCGGUGGACGCUAUGCGAAUCUGAGCGAGAGAAUGCUGGGAUUGGGAGUGGAGGGGAGCGGGUGCGUCACCAACAUCAACCUCGAAUUCACGCAGCGGCAGCUAGUCUGGAGUGUAAUGACUGUGCGUAUCUAUUCGACAAGGCAGGGUGAGGUGCAAUGCUGA